GUGAACCGGGGCCCGAAGUCGGGGGUGUUUACGUCCCUUUUGGUUAUUUUGACGCUUUCCGGGGACGUGGUCCUGACGUGCUGGGCAGGAACCUGCCGCUCAGCCCUGCUUUGGUGCCAGGGGAGCGGAUCGUGAGGCUCAGCGAACCGAUGACGUCACAGGUCCCGUGCUGACAUCAGAGCGUUAAUGGUGACAUCACAGCCCUCAUGCUGAAAUCACAACAGCACAGCAGGCCUGCAGGAGCUUCUCCCUGGGUGGAACGGUUCCUCACAAGGGAUGAGCACUGAGCAAUACUGGCACUGCACUUCCCCCAUCCUAAAUGGCAUUUCACAAACCUCGGGGUAAUUAAGGAGCAACAAGCAUGAAGACUUAAUGUCCAGCUGCUACCACCCACCUCCAUCUUCAGCAGGAAGUUUGGAUAGGAGCCUUAGGGUCAUCACUUUCAGGUGGAAAGGCAGCGCACUGGCUUCCUGAUGAAGGCAGGAGAAGUGAACAACCUGCUGAUCAUUUACAACCUUGUUUCACCAUCCAGCAUUUGGAAUCUGCUGGAUGUAAUUCCAACAGUGUGAAUUCCCUCCAUUGCUCUUCCUGCAGGCAACAGCAGAUGCAAAUCCUAAGGCAUUCCCUGAUGAAGGGGGGAGUAUCAUUAGCAAUGUCAUUUAGCUGUCUGGCAUUUGGGAUGUGCUCUAUGUAAUUCCGACAGUGUAAGUUCCCUCCAGUGCACUUCCUACUGGAGAUGGCAGAUGUAAAUCCCAAGGGAGUGUCUCCAUUCUUCUGGAAGAGCAUUAAACCAGAGGAUGACGAUGCCAGUGGUGGGGCACAGCCGAUGGAAGACGAUGCUGGCAGAGCACGGCCAAUGGAGGAGGUGACAGAGGAGCCCCCACUCCCGCUCAUCCCGCAGUCGGUACAAGAGGAAAUGGCGAUAGUCUUCAACCCCUAUGGCAUGGCAGCUGGCAGUCAGGCACCGUCGGCCCGGAGGAGGCGGGAAAGAGUUCCAGAUGGUCCCAGCAGUGUGCUGUAUGUCAACCGGCGGAAAUCCAAGGUGUGGAACUACUACACUAAGCUGGGAGAUGCCUAUGUGGAAUGCAAUGUCUGCAAGAAGCAGCUCUCCUUCCACAACAGCACCACCACCAUGCGGGAACACCUGGUCCGGAAGCAUAGUAUCCGUGACACCCUGCUCUCCCAACUCAAGGAUGAUCCAGCUUCCGAAUCCGACUACGCAACGUCAGAAACCACCCUGAAACGCUCCCGGCAGAUGACCCCAGAGAACCACUCAGAGCCUAGAAGCGACAUCAUCGUGGAGCUGGUGCUGGAGAUGAUCUUCCGUGAUUUGCAUCCUCUCUCUAUGGUGGAGGACAAAGGGUUUAGUCUCCUCCUUGGAUAUCUGGAGCCAAGUUUUUCCCUUCCAGCUCCCACACAGCUUUCUGUCAUGCUGCGGCACAGGUACAAUGUGGUCAAGCAGCACCUGGAACGCUACCUGCAGACAGUACAAGCCAUUGCAGUCUCUGUGGAAUUCUGGGAAUCACGGCUUGGCCAAACCUACCUGACCAUCACGGCCAAUGUUAUCGAUGGGGAAUGGCAGCGGGUACGAUGCGUCUUGGAGACGCAACAAGCACACAGAGAUGAAGCAGGGGGCAAUAUAGUGGAGAAACUUUACACUGUCCUCUCUGAAUUUGGCUUAUCUGGUAAAUCCAUCUUCUGUGUUGUGCAGGACAGCCCAUGGAGUGUGGUGGCCAAUGGCCAGCAACUAGAGGACAUGCAUGGCUGGAGGAGCCUGUGCUGUGCUGCUCGGAGCCUUCAACGCUGCGUCCAAGCUGGGCUGGAAGUGGAGCAAAUCCAAGAAGCCUUGAGCAUUGCCCGCGGGAUUGUCCAAUAUUUCCAGCAGGACUCAAAAGCCUCUGGCUCCUUGAAGAGCAAGCUGGAAGCCAUCAAUAAAUCCAAGAUGAGGCUCGUGAUGGACACGGCAUCCCGCUGGAUAUCCACCAUGGAGAUGUGCGAGAGCCUGUUGGACCUGAAGUGGGCCAUCCUGUCCAUCCUGGAGGAGCAUCCCAAGGGAGCAGCAGGCAUCCAGAACUUGGCUGAUCACCAGUGGAAGCUCCUGCAGGACCUAAUCCCAGUACUGAGGACCAUCAGGAUUGCCACGUCCUUCCUGCGGGAAGGGCAGAACAUUUCCGUCUCUUCCCUGAUGCCUUGCAUCCACGGGAUUGUUGCUGCCAUCGGGCAGCAGGCAGAAGAAGGCAGUGCUGUCAUCAAGACAGUGGUGAGCAACAUCCGGUUGGAGCUGACAGAGCAGUGGGGGCUCUCAGAGAAUGAGAAAGUGCUGGAAAACCCAGCAGUCAUCGCCUCAUUCCUGGAUCCACGCUUCAAGGAGCUGAGGUUUCUACGCCCCAGCCUACGGAGCGAGCUGCAUAAUUGCGUCAAGACAAUGCUGUCACAGGUUUUUCACCCUCCAUCCACAUCCACUGCUCCCUUUUGGGUGCCAAGCUCGGAUUCCAAAAUGGAGGGCAGGGAUGCGGGCAGCUACAAGGAGAGAAGUUCCAGCACUGCAUCCCAGAGCAUCUAUGACAUCCUUUUGGGGAAGGAUCCAACAGAGAACAUGCCAGAGAUCCACCAGCAACUGGAAAACUACAUUGUAGAGCCGCUUUGCAAGCGGAGCACGGAUCCAUUGGACUGGUGGAAGAACAACGAGCGGCGCUUCCCAGCUGUGGCGCACCUCGGCCGGCAGUACCUCACCAUUCCCGCCACUGCAGUGCUGCCGCACCAGGCCUUUGCUGCUGGGGAGAGCACCCUGGAGCAUCGUCGAGCAAUCCUGGCACCAGAAAACCUGGACCAAAUAAUCUUCCUGCAUCAAAAUUUUGACUUUUUAGAGUCAUUGAGAAGCAGGAAUGAGGGUCGUAAUGUGGUCUGAUGCUGGUUUGGGGUAAAACAGGAUUGAUUGCAGAACCUUUCGGUUCAACCUGUUCCAAGUGACAGCAUUUUUGGAAGAUUAAUGAGGUGGGUUUGGACAGCGUCUGCUCCUAGAAGUGACAGCGCUGGGUAUUUAUCCUUAUUGCCAGAGAACAGAACGAAUGGCAUGCAGAGUCCCUCAUUUGCGUAUUUAUAUCUAUUUUAUCCUUUCCUCAUUAAA